UUUAUACAUAUUAGAAGAAUCCAAAAAGACCAAGAACAACAAAAAAAAUGUCCGAACCAACUCCAAUCUCUGAUCCUUACGCUUAUCUUAACAUCGUAAAGAAUCCAGAUGGUUCAAUCACUCGCGACCUCACCAACUUCCCAUGCGCCGCAGCUACACCUGAUCCUUCCCCAGAAAACCCCGCCGUUUCAAAAGAUCUUCCCGUGAACCACUCAAAGUCAACGUGGCUCCGUCUCUAUCUUCCCUCUUCCGCCGUAAACGCCGGCGUUUCGUCUCAGAAACUCCCUCUCGUUGUGUAUUAUCACGGCGGAGGAUUCAUCCUCUGCAGUGUCGAUAUGCAAGCCUUCCACGAUUUCUGCUCCGAGAUGGCGCGAGAUCUCAACGCGAUUGUCGUAUCUCCUUCGUACCGGUUAGCUCCGGAGCACCGAUUACCGGCGGCGUAUGACGACGGUAUUGAAGCUCUGGAGUGGAUUAAAACCUCCGACGAUGAGUGGAUCAAAUCUCACGCCGAUUUCUCAAAUGUGUUCCUUAUGGGAACUAGCGCCGGAGGGAACUUGGCUUACAACGUCGGACUAAGAUCGGUAGAUUCCGUCUCCGAUCUGAUUCCGUUACAGAUCCGUGGAUUGAUUCUACACCAUCCGUUCUUCGGGGGAGAAGAACGAUGUGGAUCUGAAAUUAGACUUGUGAACGAUCAGGUUUGUCCUCCCAUAGUCACCGACGUAAUGUGGGAUCUGUCUCUUCCCGUAGGCGCUGACCGGGAUCAUGAGUACUCGAAUCCGACGGUGAGAGAUGGAUCGGAGGAUUUGGAGAAAAUCGGACGGUUGAGAUGGAAAGUGAUGAUGAUCGGAGGAGAGGAUGAUCCAAUGAUAGAUCGGCAGAUAGAUGUGGCUAAGCUGAUGAAGAAGAAAGGAGUAGAAGUGGUGGAGCAGUAUACCGGCGGCGAUGCUCACGGUGCUGAGAUCAGAGAUCCUUGUAAACGUAAAACUCUCUUCGUUUCCAUCAAAAACUUCAUUUCCUCUCUUCUGUAACUUUUUUUUUUUUUUUUGGCCGAUUCUGUUAUGAAUUUGCAUAAAAUAAAAUUGUAAUCUUAAA